AUGGCAGCCUCUUUUCGACCGACUGCGGUCCUUCUCAGUGCCAAAUCCCAACCACCAUCCUCCAGAACAUGGCUCGCUCGUCACUUCCAGGAUCCUUACGUGCGCAAACGUCUAUCGGAUCCUAGGAACUACAGGUCGCGCUCUGCUUUCAAACUUAUCGAAAUUGAGGACAAGCACCAAGAUUUUCUUCGAUAUCGCGAUGUUAAGGCGGUCGUGGAUCUCGGAGCUGCCCCUGGAGGCUGGUCUCAGGUUGCCGCGGGUUGCAUGGGCUAUGGGAGUCCGAGCCCAGCGGAUGGUAUACGAGGACGUGAGGGUCGGUCUAGGAUAGACCACGCGAGGCUAGAUGGACAGUGGGGAGGAGAGGACACGGACCAGCGUGGGGUCGUCAUUGCAGUCGAUAAACUCCAUAUGCAGCCUAUAGAGGGAGUUCAUACAUUGCAGAUGGACUUUCUCUCACCGGAGGCUGCAGAGCUUGUACACGACCUUCUCCGGGCGAAAGCGAACAAUGAAGGCAAAGCGGAUGUCAUUAUGUCUGAUAUGGCUGCCAACAUGUCCGGGAACGGUACACAAGACAGCGCGGCGUGUCUUGACAUAUGCUGUUCAGUGUGGAACUUUACUAGGCAGCAUCUGAGGACAGCGCAGAGCGUAGGUCGACUUCGAGGGGGCGUACUCAUCCUCAAACACUUCGCUCAUCCUAGAGUGGUUGUUUUCCGCCGGAAGUACUUAGACCCGAAUUUUCAUACCGUGCUAUAUAUCAAACCCGAUGCCAGCCGUUCUGCAUCUUCUGAGGGCUACUGGCUGUGCAUGGGCUAUCGCCCAACAAAAAGUUCUCAAGACCAACCUAUCACAGUGGAUUGAUGCGGUUAGCACCGUCUCCUCUCAAUGACCUGCUUCCAUGCCCAUAUCACCAUAUCGUUAUUUGCUUUCAGUCGCUCGUUCCCAUCACCC